AUGAUUAGUCGGAAUAAUCCAUCACAAAAAGAUUUUUUCAAUCUUGAUUAUUUAGCAAAACGAUUUGAAAUCGGUUGGCUUAGUUAUCAGCUAGCACACUUCGAGUUAAUGUUAGGCAAAUCACUUCAUACCUAUCGACUUGUCUCAAUGCCUCGAUCACUUCAAGCUGAGUCUCGCGAUCGACAUAAAAAAAUUUCAAAUUCAUGUGAUGUUGAUAUUUGUUCCAAGUGUAUUAUCAUGGAUGGGCAUCAAAAGCCACGCAGAUUAAUUUGUCAGGCAAAUUAUGUAGUGGAUAAUACAAUUCCAGAAAUGGGACCAGUCGUCAUUGGUUGUCCAUAUCCACCUCUUCGACAAACGAAUACCAAAUCAGAUGGUUAG